GAGCCAUUAGUUUUAAAUGUGACAGGACGUGUCGUAAAGUGUUGUUUUAUCUGGUCAGCAAAUUCGUGUAAUUUGGUUUGAACUAGUAUCAAUGUACCAGCUGUUAUUAGGCUAUACAUGAAUCGUCCGGGGUUUUACUAAAAGUAGGAUGAAUAUUUUGUGCGGAUCUAGGGUAGUGAAAGGCGCUUCCUGUUAUUGUGAAACUGGCGGCUUAAACUCCAAUUUUGUUUUUAAUAAUUACUUUAGGGGUGAGGUGUGGCAGUAUUUAUAUCCAUGGUCAAAAAACAACAACAAAACAACCUCUGUUAAAAAUAAUGAUACGUGUAUCAGUUGUAGUACACGGGUGUUAGUAAUGCCGUCUACGUGAUUUGAUUUGGUGGUAUACAUUCUCUAGACGACUCACGUCGCACACCACUGACCAACCUUUCUUCGCCAAAAGCCUCUUUGUGUACAGCAUAAUAACUCGUAACACAACGCGCAGUCUUUACAUUAUGACGAAAACAUCUAUGCAGUUUGUAGGUCAGAAACCAGGUUUCUUAAUACAGGAGAUAAAAUUAUAUAUACUCAGUUUGUUAUGUGUGAUAUUACAGCGACCCGUUACAUACAAGUAUAGUUCAGUAGUCCAGCAACAACUCGUAGGAAAUAAUGCUGAAGUUGUUUGUUAACUCACCGAUACAAACAUUGUUAAGAAUACCAUGGGUUUGAUUCGUCUUAUGAUUCUGUUUUGUUGAUAAACAGUGUGGACAUUGGGCUGCAGUUUCGUAUAAGUUGUGUUGUUCUGUUUCUCGAGCUACAGAAAUGCAAAUCUGUUGUGUUUAAAAAAGAACUCAACAAAAACAAAACAAAAAGAAACAACAACACGAAAAUGAAUUGGACUCUUGUUUUGUUGGUAUUCGUUGUUUGGAGUACACUUCACGUGUUCGCAGGUUCAGACCUUGAACUGUCAACGAAUUUAACAACUCCAGUGUAUCACAGUCAAUUUACCCUCAUCUGUACCGUCACGGGGCAUACUAUAAACAAAGCCAUCAUAUUUGUGCGGGAUAAUGAAACGAUUUGUAAACGAUAUGCAUACAACGCCAGUAAAAACGGUACAUCAUCAUUAGAUUGUGCAAAAUAUUACAACACAACAACACAAGGAUACAAGUGUGAGUGUGGUCAAUUUGAAACAAACAAAAGGGUCUACAGCAUAACAAUCAAGUUAUUUAAAGCAGUUGACGCAACACAGUGGUCCUGUAUUUCUGGCAGCGAAAAUGACUAUAUACUUCUAAACAGUAGCGUCGUUCAUCUCAACGAAACUUCAACCAGUGGUACUCGUUCUGGAAAUCAGCAAUCGUCUAAUACUGAUGAGAUGGUCGGCGAUCCUCGUUCAAAUCCGGUGCUAAUUCCAGCUGUUUCUGCCGCGUGUGGAGCUGUGAUUGUAUUGGUCAUAAUUGUUGCGGCCGUUUGUAUCAUCAAGAAAAAGAGAAACUCGAGAAAGCAUGAAACUAUAGAUACUAAGAAUGAUGGAAACAAUUAUGCGAAGCAAAACAACACACAGGGAAGGAAACAGCCAGUGAUGGAAGACAACGAGUUAUAUUUCAUGUCGAGAGAUUCGCCAAAACCCAAACGAAAACCAGUAAUGAUAGACAACGAUAUUUAUAACCUUGGAAAUGGUGAUGAAGAAUUACACGUUGAACCCGAAGACGUCGAUGAUAUGGACACAGUCGUCAAUAAACACGGCAAAACUAAAGGAGACCAUCUUCAAAAACUCACAGAUGAGGAAAUAGGCGCCAUGUAUGCAGUUGUCAAAAAAGACACGAAGUCUGUGGCGGAUACCAAGGGCAAGGAUACGCGGACCAAUGCAAAUUGAGAAGACAACGAGUUGCCACAAGAUAUGUCCGACAUGUAUACACAAGUGAAUAAAACUAAAACGAACAACAAGAAGCAAACCAACUUGGAGCAGGGCUGGAUUUAGACCUGAGGGGGG